AUGGCCCACAGCCAGUCUCGGAAGCGGUCGCGGAGCAGGAGCAAGAGCAACUCUCGGAGCAGACAGGAGAAGAAGAAAAGGAGGAAAAGCAGCAAGGACUCACACCGGGGCAGCAGCUCUCCUCCGAGGAAGCGAACCCCUGGGUCUCACCAACACAAGUCGAGCUCAGCGGCACCUGGGAAAGAAAAGAAGAAGGAAGGAAAGGACAAAAAGAAGAGGAAGGCAAGUACUUCUUCCUCUGAGACAGCAUCUUCAUCCACCAGCUCCUCCUCGUCUUCCUCCUCCUCCAGCUCCUCUUCUGACGAUUCCAGUGACGGUGACUCCAAAACGAAGAAGAGUCGACACAGCAAAAAAAAGCGAGCAAAACAGAAAGACAAGAAGAAGAAGAAGAAGGGGAAGAAAAUAAAGAAGAAAUCAAAAAAGAAGUCAAAGGACAGGGCGAAGGAGGAGAAAGCCAAGGAAGAAGUGAUGCCCGGGCCCUCGCUGGAGCAGUGGCAGAAGGAAUCACCGGCGGACUCCGGACCAG